AUGAUUAAACAGAAAAGAAAUGAAAAUGGUGUGAAAAGGGAAAAGGUGAAAAUAUCAUCAAGAACCUCAUCUAAAAGACCGGAUGCUAAAUCUGGAAUGCCAGUUGCAAGUGGCAAGAGCAUGUCAGAUGGGCAUGCUAGAGAUCGUCAGGCAUCCGGAAGUUCAGAUGUGUCAUCUGGAAGACUAGGAGGCAUGUUGGAUGACACAAAUGGCUUGCCGAAUAAGUGUGGUAGACAGGUAAGCACAACAUGCAUCGGGAAGACUAUUGGAAGCAUGCCAGAUGCUGAUCCGGACAACAUUCAAAACCUUCUGGAAUUUGCUAUGUGA